AUGCGAAAUUAGCCUCUGAAAUCUAUAUUGGAGGACAGUGAUCUGGAAAUAAUUAAGAUAAAAGCAUUUGAUUCAAUUUCUUAACCUAAUGCAACUAGUUUUUUCUCCAACAUCUCGGAUGAGCAUGAAUAAUUUAGUGAUGGCAAACGAAUUCAAUGUGAUACAUCUAGUUCUAAUAGUAGUCUUCGUAGUUCUAGAACUUUUGCAGAUGAAUCAUUAAUGUAAAAUUAUUAAAAGCGUCUUGGUAAAAUAUAUAAGUGAUAUGUAAAAGAUCCUGAAAUCCUUUCGGAAUAGGCUAGAUAUGUAUUCCUCUUAGGAAAUCAAUCUUCAGAUAUUGUUAGAAAUUUUUAUGAGAAAUGUUUAAAAGUGAAUAGUUUUUUUAAAGAAUCUCUUUUCAACUCCUUAGUAGAAACUGCAUUUAAUGGGGAUGAUUCAAAAAAGAAACGGAAGUUAAUUCUUACUUUAGAUUAUUUUACAAAUCUAACUACUUUUACUUUCUUUCUUCUUUGGAAAUGGAUUAAAAAUGAAAACUAAUAAGACAUGUCAAAUUUUGUUUCGAAUUCAAAUUCUAUUAGUGAAUUCAUUGUCUUGAUGAUAACUUUAAGAAUUAAUGAAUUUAGAAUUGAACAACAAUUGGUUACGAUGAUAGAAUACAUAGUGCAGCCUUUCCCAGAAAAAACAAUAUUAAAACAAUGUUCAGAAACCUAGAGAUCUUACUUAUCGGUAGGAAUGUUUUAGCCAAAAAUAACUUCAUUUGGUGUCAAAUCCAAAUCAAUGCUACCGUGGACAACUGAUGAAGUUGCUUUUGUAUUAAGUUUCAUGAAUUAGUCGUUUUAUGCUGGGUUAUAAAUAAAAAAUGUUAUUGUUAAGGGGGGAUUAAAUAACGUAUACAUUUAAUUACUAAAUUUAGUAUUUCAGAAGAAUCAAUACUAUCUCCUAGUUUAUCAUAUAUUCAGUAGUGAGAAGCCCUAAUAAGCAUGACCGCUAAGAUGCAUUGGCAUAUUGGAUAGAGUUAGCAGAGAAAUUAUAGAAAAAUCAUGAUCUAGAGGGAUUGUUUAUUGUAUACAAAUAUGGCAUUCAAUUACUCUUAAAAGACUACAUAGGAACGAUGCCAAUACUAUUUCGAGAUCAAAACAGAAUCCCUCGCAUUAAUGCUUUUUAUGAAGAACAUUUAAAAUCAAAUUAUAAUGAGAUUUAAAAAAAUGAACAGUAUUUCUACAUCCCUUCAUUUCAUAAAAUUAUUACAUAAAUUAAGCGUUUGGAAUAACAAGUGAAAAUGAAUAAAACAUUGUUUGAUCAAAUAUCAGAUAUCUUAUUGUAAUUAGUCUUAAUUUCAAAGAGAUAAUACAAACUUAAUCAAUAGAUGAGUGCAAAAGUAAGUAAUUAGAUUGAGUUUCUUUUUAGAUUUAUGAUCAUGAGGAAGAAAUCCUUCAUUAUUUUAUCAAAGGAAUUGAAAAAGAAUUGGAAACAAAUCUUUAAAUUCCAUUAGAUAAAGAGACUUUGGUGUACAUAGAAUUGAUUAAAUUGGCCAAAAUUACUAAUUGA